AUGGUGCUCGGCCGCCUCACUCACUACGCCUUCGAUGCCGUCCUCUUCUCCGCCUUCCUCGCCGGUGUCAAGCGAUCCACAGGCCUUACCCCCAGUGUCAACGAAGACAAAAUCACAGACAACGAGACCGCAAAGUCGUGGAUCACUUCCUACCUGGCCGUCGGCGAAAUGGUCAUGGAUCAGAGUGUCGCCGUCAUGAGUUCCAUAGCUUGGUUCGAGCGCAAGAGGUAG